AUGCACGUAACGACGAUCUCGACUGUGAUACUGUACUGGCUACAGCUAUGCUCUGCUGCCAAAGCGACGUCGUUCUGGUCGUCGAUCCAUGCGAUUGAAGCACGAGACCCUGCGGUGCACGAUCAACGCCACCAGUACCACUCGUCGUCGCAAUCCUCUUCUCACGUGUACACGCAGGCUCUUGGACACGACGUCGCCACGCCUGUGGGUCACACGUCGUCCGUGCGAUGCACACACCCGGUGGCGCGCGUUUCGUUCUACACGCUGACUCGUGCCGAGCAAGCGGCGUGGAUGGAGCACUUCCAGCUGCUGCACACGCGCGGCAAGUCGAUCUUCAUCAAGGGCGGGAGCUACAUGGACGACCUGGUGAUGGUGCACAUCGGCCUGCAGGAAGAGAUGCACUACAAUGCCUGUUUCCUCGUCUGCCACACGGCGUUCCUGCGUGCGUUCUACAGCCUGAUGCGCAUCACCGGCUACCGCGGCCGCGAGGCGUACUGGGACAUCGAACACGACUGGCCACACGGCAUGCACCACUCACGCCUCUGGCAGACGCUUGGCUCCUCGUCCGCCCACGGUGGCGCCAUCCCCUCCGGCCCCUUCCGCAACCUCCAAUGCGGCGUCCUACCCAACACGCGAAAACCCGGCUACUCGCUCGUCAAGCCCCACUUUGUCACGCGCCACUUUAACGCCAACUGGACUCACACCCCGCUCGUCAAAGGCGACAUGUACUCGCACCACUACAACGCGUCUCUGUACACCCGCAUACUCACCGCGCGCACCUACACCAGCCUGCGCACCCUGCUCGAAUCCUCGCUGCACGCCUGGACCCACCAGAGCAUCGGCGGCGAAAUGUGGCUCUACUCGAGCCCCUGCGAACCCGCCUUCUGGUUGCUCCACGCCGAAGUCGACCGCUGCUGGCGCAGCUGGCAGCACAACCACCACGCCUGGUUCCACUACGACGGACACAGAAGGCUCCAGGACGCGCAUGGAAAGACGGCGAUCAGAGCAGCCAGUCUCAACGACAGCAUCGACUUCUACGGCCUCUUCGAAAAGGUCAAGGUGCGCGACGUCAUGCAUCCUAGGAGGGGAAUCAUGUGUUUCAGAUACGAUCGCCUGUUGGGUGGGCAACUAGACACCGGCGCCUAA